AUGCUCUAAGCAUCGUCUUUCUCAAUUCUGGACUACGAAGCAACACAGUAUGGAUGGACAAUCACAGGCUGCUGUCAGGGAGGGGGGCACUUGGGAUAAAGCAGGUCCUAGCAGGCCAAAAAGAGCAAAACCGACCCCUCAAGAAUCUGGAGAAACAUGUUUAGAUGACAGAGCUCUGAACGAGGUCGCUUGGAGACUUGGCUGUGAUUGGCCAACAUUGGCAGUUGCGCAGCUUCGCUUUACGGACACAGAGGUUAAGAUCAUCGAGGAAGAUUACCAAAACGAUACCAUAAGGCAAGGUCUGGAAAUGCUUGUGAAAUGGAAACAGCGCCAGUCCACCAGUGAUGAACAGCAGAUGACCACGUUGUGCACAGCAUUGAAGAACGCAAGAAGGGCAGAUAUUGCCGAAUUUCUUCGUCACGAUACGUCACACGCCCAGGAGACUGCUGAAUCGGGUCCUGAUCAUCUGAAGAUUCUCCAGCAGCUGCUUGUCAGUUACUACGAAGCCCAUGCAGGUUUCAUCCCAGAGCUCGUAACGUCUUCCAUGUCACCGGCGUUGGAUGUUGAUAAGUUCUGUGUUCCUUUAGAUCUCCAUAAGAGUGAGAAGCACACAACGAGUAAAGACGUGAAAAUAUCAGGGAAAACUAAGAGUUUGAAUAGGCCCAAAACAGUGCCGCUGGACACAUGGGAGGAUAUGUAUGACAAAAAGAAGGUAAAAGAGAAAAUGGUUCUUCUUUCAGGUGGGGCUGGAUUUGGCAAAUCGACUCUUUGUGUAACAAUAGCAAAUACUUGGAAAAAUCGUGAAGGGUCGAAAGUUGCCGAAUUUGAGCUCCUGUUCUUGUUGAAGUUGAGCCAAUUCAAGACAAGUUGUGUCAUAGAUGCAAUUUUUGAUCAGUUGUUGCAGCACACUGACAAACUGACCAAGUCAGAUGUGAAAAAGGUUAUCAGUGAUAACGAAGAUAAGGUCGCAUUCUUGAUGGAUGGGUUGGAUGAAAUAUCAGGCAACAUUUUAGAAUCUGCCGAUGAUAUGUAUACAAUCAAUGAUUUGUUGGAAAACAAGGUACUGCUCAACAGCUGUGUGUUAGUGACAACACGGCCAGACAUGGCUCCCAAAGUCAUCAAGGGCUACCGAGGCUACGCCACGGUUGAAACGAAGGGCUUUGCAUUCGAAAACAGAGAUACGUUUAUCAUCAAACACUUUGCAGACAAUAUCACAUCCGGAAAAGACUUAAUUUCUUGGUUGAAAUCAAACCAGUCUCUCCAGGAAUUGUCAAAGAAUCCAAUCAUUGUACAAAUGCUAUGUCUUCUUUGGCUGAACAGAACUGAUCAAUCAAAACAAUUGCCAAACAAGUUCACAACUGUGUUUACUGAAUUUGCAGACCUUCUUUUUGAACGCCGUUUUAGCUCACUUAGUGGUGCUGAUAGGCAGCAAGAAAUGGACAAACUCUUGAGUGGACUGGGACAAGUUGCAUUAGAAGGGCUUGUAAGCGGGGAAAUAGUCAAUUUCUCCCCAGAAGAUUUCAGUAGGGAUGCAUCUAUCUUGAAGGACGGUUGUCAAAUGGGUAUCUUGCAGACAGAAACUGCCUCAAGUGGCUGUAAGGGUCACGGUGUUGAAGUGAUCACUUUUUUUCACAAGUCUCACCAAGAAUACUGCGCAGCACACUACCUUAUCAGUCUGCUAUAUAGUGAUGAACAGAGCUUUUGCCAAUAUAUUGAUAAAGUCAUUGCAUUUGGUGUUAUGAAAAUAGAAUUUGUGCUUCGAUUUUGCUGCGGUUUAUCCGAACAGGCUGCUGAUCUCAUCCUGAACCGUAUCGGACACGGUUACGACAGUCUUGCACGAGUGUGUUUGUUUGAGUCUGGCUCAAAAAGCUUAGCGCUUAAACUACCGAAACCAGAUAAGAUUUCCUGCGAGGGCCAAGAGAACCUGGUAGCACUGCGUUAUUACCUAGAGUCUGGUGUAAGACUAAAAAGGACAGCCUUUGAAAUCACGUGCGAUGCAUAUGCCGACCUGCAAGUUCUUGGAGAUAUUUUUCGACGUUGCAAAAAUGACAUUCGGAGUAUGACCAUCGACUGUGUCCUGUCUCAUCAAGGUAAUGCGAUGUUACGGCUUCUUGCGAAAAAGCUUCAAAACGCCGAAAGGGCAUUGCUAAUCAAAAAACUGAUAGAAAUAAGGGUUUUUAUCUUUGAUGAGGAUAUACAUAAUUAUGCUAAGUGCCUCUCAAAGUGCAUUUCCCAAUUACCUUAUCAAUCAUGGAAUGUCACUGUAUCCGGAGAAUCGCAUAAUGACGUGUGCGUCUUAGUGGAUUCACUGAAAGGAUGUAAGUUACACUGUUUACGUAUAUUUGAUGUCAACAUGCACCGUCACGUUGCUGAUUUGGGUCCUCUUGUUACUCCAUCCUUGGCGAGGUUGGAGCUGGAUAACUGUGGACUGGAUGAUGCUGAUGUGGAGGGCGUAGCCAGCCUCCUCCCUGGCGGGCAUGGUUUGACAGUUAUUGAUCUUGAAGACAAUGCUUUCAGCUUGGAUGCAGUGAAGACUCUUGCAGGUCAUUUGCAGGAUCUUUCUGAACUGACGUGGUUGUUAUUUAAAACCGACGGUCUUGAUGACAAUAAGGUCGAAAAAGUGCUUCAGGAAAUUCUUCCACAGCUGAAAGAAAACAGAAAAGCAUUAGGGCCUUUCCAUUGCAACUCGUAUGAGGAGGUACAUCAACUCACACAAGCUCUUCGGAGUGUUGUGGUUCACCCGACCAGCUGGACCAAAAUACACUACACCAUGUCGGAGCGGUGGAGGGAGGAGCUGAAACUACUUGAGGAAUCAUUUGGAUCAUUGGACGAACGGCUCCGUGGUCAAAUGAAGCUCACAGUAGAUGUUGGUGUUGAGAGUGGUGUUAAUGUCGAAUGGCUUGCAGGAUGUAUAAGCCGUCUUUCCUCUCAAGUUAAGAGGUUCAACCUCCACAUGACUGGCCGUUCACCAUCAUAUGUCACUGGCCUACUAAAUGCACUGACCGAGGAAUGCACUUUAAGCGGUCUUAAAGUAGAUGGAACUAACAUGUGCAUGGUCAUGUGA